ACGAGACAUGGUCCGAUUGCACAGAAAGGCUAAGCUGGAUCUCUUUAGAAACUGAUCCCAGCUGAAACUGAUAGCCAACUGCUAAAUUGCAGCAGCUGCCGCCGAUGCUGGCCAUUGUGGGCGCUGGACGGGAUCUGGUGCUGACGCCCAAGCAGUCGCUGCAAUCGAACGGCAAACGCAUCUACUACGAGGAGCAGCCGACGACGGAUGUGGUGCGCAGCUGGGAGCGCACCUUGAAGCAUGUGACCUAUGUGACGCUGUUCACGGACGCCGCCGUGGGCGCCGCCGCUGGCAAUCUCAGCCAGCUGCAUGAUUAUCACAAUUUUCUGCAGACGCCGUAUAUGCCGCUCACCGCCGUUGCCCAGACGCAGCUGGGCCCAGCCCGCUUUGGGGAUAUUGUGACGCUGGCCAGCGGUCGGCUGGAACAGUUCUCGGCCAAUGGCAGCUAUCGGUUUGUCGAGGGCAACACGGAUGCCAAAUCGACGCCAACGGCGGGCAUCCAGACACGCGCUCUGUGGCGUGUGCAGCGCAUCCGGCAUCGGGAUGGCGGCAUUGGCCAGAGUUUGCCUCAACGCUUCCAUUACGAGCUGAAGUUCAGCGUGUCGCCGCUGGCGGCAAGCAUUGGCUGGCCGCCGCAGAGCUACAUCCAGAAGGAGUCCGACUAUCCGCAGAGCUUUGGCCGGCAGCUCUACGAGGAGAAGCGCGAACAGGAGCUAGCCCAGCGACGUCAGGACCGACAGCCGCAGGCGACAUUUAUGCAUGGCAUCUUUCAGGCUCCUCCGCCGCCGCCAUUGCCGCCGUUGCCGCCGCUGCUGCCGCCCAAUCUCAACAUUGGUGAGUAUCUAAAGCAGGGCAUACCCAAGGGUACGCCCAAGAUCGAACAGUAUCCGGGCCUUUACAAUCUGGGCUUGCGUCCCAACUUCAUACCGGCCACAACAUUUCGACCCGGCUAUCCGGUCAAGUUUGGUCCACGUCCGGAGCUGUCCGCUCCCCCGGAGCCUUACCCCUUGCCCAACGAACUGGGCAGCGGCGUCGGCGGCGUCGGAGGCGCUGGUCCCGCUAAUGCCGCUUCCGUGCCAGCCAAUCCUGCAGUUACCCAUCAUUUCCAUCAUCACUUCUACAUGACGCCCAAUGGCCUGGCUGAUGGCGGCGGCAAUCAUGCGGAGCUGGGCUAUCGUCCAGCCACUUACGUGGCGGAACUGUCCACACCAGCGCCAGCGACAGGGCCGCCCUAUCGCCAUCAUUAUCCUGAAUCGCAUUAUUAUGAAUCGCAUCGUGAGCUACAAUUGCCGACGAACCGCGAACCAGCUUCUGCGGAGUCCCUGGAGCCUGGCGAGGAUGAGCAUCAGGAUCAGGAACAGCAUCCACAAAUCUAUACAGAAACAGGUUACGAUCAGGCAUCCAAACACGACUCGUCCAAGCUGACACCGCUGUUGAUCUAUGCCGGCGCCGCGGCAGAUGCUGAGGAGGAGCAAAAGUCAUUUGUGCAAAGCGAGCCGCUGGAGGAGACCGUCUACCGCUACUCUGAGCCGGAUCCGCUUUAUGUGCAUCAGCAUCCAGUGGAUGUACUCCAGCUGGAGACGCCGCACAGCUAUGAAUCCGAUGAGCCACUGCGGCAGCACCAUCAGCAGCAUCAUUCAGCGCAGUUGGAGCGCGGCACUACAAGCGAGCAGCAGGAGGACGGCGAGGAGGACGAGGAAACGGCAGAGCUGCCCACAAUGCAGCCCGAACAGCGACCCGCUGGCAGUCAAAAACAACACAAAUUGGCCACCACAGCAGCACCAAUGUCCAGCACAAGCACAGAAAGCGCAACAACAACAUCGACAACAACAACAUCAUCAACAACAACAACAUCAUCAACAUCAACAACAAGCACUUCCAUGGCACCACCAAGAGCAGCGGCCACAAGCCGAGCAAGCUUUGUGUCCACCUCGACCAGCAUUUCGCCGCUGCGCGCUUUAAGUCGCUAUCGGACAACGCCGCGCAUCACCGCCGGCAGAUCGACAACAACAACGACAACAACGACAACCACGGAGCAGCCGACAAUAGCCAAGUGGAAGCAGCGCCGCAAGGAGAAUGCCACCAGCAUGGACAGCCGGGCCAAGAGCAGUCAUCGCCAUGAAUCCAAAGUGGCAUUUGUGCCCACGACAGCAACAACAACAACAACAACAAUAGCACCGACAACAACAACAACACCAACAACAUCACCGAUAACAUUUACAACACCGACAACAACAACAUCUUCGCCUGCAGUCAACAGCUCGGCGUUGCCGGCGGGUGAAAUCAUCGAGGUGCUCACCCAGAAAUCGGUUAGCAAAUCCGUCAGCAUCAAGGUGGGCGAGAACGGCGAGGAGAUACCCAUCAUUGUGGACGACGAUGAGAACGAGGUGAAGCACAGCUAAAUGCCCCAAAAAUGCAAUUAACUAAUCCUAAACUUAAGCGUAACAAAAAAAAAGAAAUUAACUGAAAACGAAGCAGGAGCAGGUGGUGGAGGAGAAGG